CCGCGGAAAGCGCGAAGAAACGUGAAAAAAUCGAAACCUCUGUCCGUGCACGGUGUGUGGGAUGAUAAACGUUGUUGCUACGCGGUUGAGAUGUUGAAAUUCGGUUAAAAAAAUGAAUUAUAGAUCGCGCGAGGUUAUAGUUACUAGGAUAUUAAGUGAUAACGGUAAAAGAAGGGACGGUGUUUGACAAGUGAGAAUUCGGGAUGCGAGUAGCGGUCUGAUAAACAUGGCCGCUCGAAAACAUAUGACAAAGGAUAAAGCGCUGCGCUGCUUUUCUAGGACGAACAAAAUACCGACAUUUGAUUGUUGAAAAAUUGUCAGAUUUCGAAUUCAGGAUAGUAAAGAGCCAUGAAUACGAAUGGAGAAUGGGGUCAAUCGCUUCGGUGCUACAGUGGCAUUGUUCAAAGUGUUCUCUCAUAAACCCGACCGAGAGCACGAGCUGCGCCAGGUGCGGGGAACCUCGCAGGGUAUACGAUAAUAAAACAAAUCCCGAAACAUCAUCCCCGAGCAGUACAAAUGUCUGUGAAAAAAAUAAUCCCGAUUCCGCGAACUCUACGCCUCCAACACCGCCACCACGACUCAAUUUUACGAAUCAGUUAAAAUGCUACAUACCAAAAACUAGCUGCGUUUACCAUCAAAAACCGUUCUCGUUCACCGUAAAAAAUAACAACGUCGUUCCGUCUGGGAAUGAUCCCGGAUCAAGAAGCUCGGAUAAAAUAUCUCGGCGCAACUCUUGGUCUGGGAGGACGAGAAUUGAAUCUGUAUCAUUAAAACACGGUGUAUCUCUACCUUUGUUACCUACUCGCUGGACUUGCAUCAGAUGUUUGCAACCAAACAGCCAAAGUUCAGUGGCCAAGUGUAUCGCCUGUGGAACUAUUUCCUUGCCCGCAUCGAAUCAGGAAGGUCAUAUUUGGACGCGGAAAGCGAGGAGACCCGAAGUUCGCAAACUUAAAAACCUUCACCUCAAUGAUGACGAGGAUCCAGCUAAAAGUUCGUCUUCGGGACUGGAAGAUGGUGUUUUAAAUGUGGAAUUCAACGCAACAUCAACUCCUUCCAAUCUCGAUAAAACCAAUAAAGACAUGGCCCAGCUGACCAGCCUCGGUCGUAGUGACAGAACAAGGUCCAACCGCGAAAGUUGGACGCUACCUCCCGUCGAAACCAUGGAUUCGCCCUCAAUGGCCUAUACGGACAACAUAGAUAAUUCUCAGCGUUCACCAAAGCGUCACAGUCCCUCGGUGUACGAGCGUGUGAAAUCUAAAGUGAGCCGUUCGUUGUCGAAUGGUUCUGUUGUUCAAAAGUUAUCGGAGGCUGGGAUCCAAAGACCAACUAGUCUCAUAGUUUCGGAGGUGCAACAAGACAAUGCCCUGUGGAGCUGCGACAACUGUACGCUAGAUAAUGCACCUGGCUUGGAACAAUGCGAGGCAUGCGAAGCACCUAGGAGCCCUGCACCAUGUAGCGGCGUAGUUAUAAGUGUACCGGCAUGGGAGCCGAGAGCGCUUUCUUCUGCAGGCCUUCCGACAUACCGGCGAUCAUUUUCGGAAGUUGACUCUGUCACUAAUAAUGUAAUACAGAGAAAAACUGCAAACCGUCGUAGUUUAAAUGACGAAGAACCUCCGGCUGUGCCACCACACUCUGUUGGGUUUAAUUCAAAACCAAAGUAUUCAUACAUAGGGAUAUCUGAUCCAGAAACUCCCCCACCACUGCCAAGAAAACAGAAUAGCAAAUUGGGCAUCACGGCUGCAAAAACACUCACUGAGUCAAUAAGUUCGGCUGGUGAGGCAGCAGAGGCUGGGCCUCUAAAGCGUAUGUGGACUUGCCGGAAAUGUUCCUAUGCCUACAACCCUCUUUGGUCAACUGGAUGUGAUAUCUGCUCUUCUUCAAGAUCACCUCCGUCUCUGGCUCAACCAAGUUUAAUUACAGUAACUAAAGACGGAGCAAGUUGUAGAUCACAGGCCUCGUCUCCCAUCAUUGUUUCACGAGACAGCGUAAGGUAUACUCCGCCAAAAUCGGCGACCUUAGCAACAGCGGAGGCUGAUCUAGACGAUCUAAUCGAACUUCCAUCACCUGCCUGGACUUGUAAAAAAUGUACGUUACUAAAUGCUGCUACAAGGACAACGUGUGAAGCCUGUGCCGGGUCAAAACUGAGAAGCGUCAGUCAUCUCGAUGACCCAACGUUAAGAAAGGGGGAAAGCUGGGUGUGUCCAUCGUGCACUUUACGGAACCCAUUAACUGCACAAAGCUGCAAUGCCUGCAAAACCUUUGCUGAUUUCCUCGAAGUCCCAAGGGAUAACAGAGUCUCAGGACAAAGAAGUCCCAGUCCUCGGCUGACGUGUCCACCUUCGGCAAGCUCAAGAGCAGUUACACCUAGGCACAGGAAUUCAGUUCGUAGAAACGGAUCUGGAGCGGGAGAUAAGAGGCAAUCUAGGACCAAAGAAAUUACCCACGCACAGUGGCAAUGCAAAUUGUGCACUUUUGAGAACAAAAGUACGAACGGAAGUUGCGAAAUGUGCCAAAGUUCAAAAACUCUGUCUCAAAUUCCUGGGGACAGGCUUAGGCUCGGCGAACCUGGAACGAGUACUCUGAGAAUUCAAAGACAGGAAAGUGUUGUUAUGGAAAAUUUACGCCAAAUUGAAGAGAGAGAAGCCUUAGAAAAAUGGGAAAGAAUCGUUCGUUACUGUAAAGAGACAAACGAACCGUUUGUCGACGACUCUUUUCCCCCAGCUCCAAAAUCAUUGUACUACAAUCCUGCGGAAACGAAAGAUAACCAUGUGGUCCAGUGGAGAAGACCGCAUCAAAUAAAUGUUGACUCAAGUGUCGAUUCCAAGUUGCCCUGGGCAGUCUUUAGGACACCCUUACCUUCCGAUAUUUCUCAAGGUGUUUUAGGAAAUUGUUGGCUUCUAUCUGCGCUAGCAGUACUUGCCGAAAGUGACGAAUUGGUGAGAAGAGUGUUAGUUAUGAAAGAAACUUGUCCCGAAGGGGCGUACCAAGUCAGAUUGUGCAAGGAUGGAAAAUGGACCACCGUACUUGUUGACGAUCUACUUCCCUGUGAUAAAAGAGGACAUCUUGUUUACUCUCAGGCGAAGAGAAAACAAUUAUGGGUACCACUGAUCGAGAAAGCAGUAGCUAAAAUCCAUGGAUGUUAUGAAGCACUGGUUUCUGGUCGAGCUAUCGAAGGACUAGCUACCCUCACGGGUGCUCCUUGUGAAAGUGUACCACUACAGCCUUCCGCUUUACCAAGUGAAGAUGAAUUAGAUAAAGAUUUAAUUUGGGCACAGCUUUUGUCUUCAAGACAAGCUAUGUUCUUAAUGGGUGCUAGCUGCGGAGGAGGCAAUAUGAAAGUUGACGAAGAAGAAUAUCAACGGAAAGGACUUCGUCCAAGGCAUGCAUACUCAGUGUUGGACGUAAGAGACGUACAAGGAAUAAGAUUGCUACGAUUGCGCAAUCCUUGGGGCCACUACAGUUGGAAAGGAGAUUGGUCUGAUGAUAGUCCGAUCUGGACGGCGCAACUCCGAGAGAUGCUUAUGCCUCAUGGCGCAUCAGAUGGUGUAUUUUGGAUAUCAUUUGAUGACGUUUUGAAGUACUUUGAUUGCAUUGACAUCUGCAAAACGAGAGUUGGAUGGAGCGAAGUUCGUUUAAGGGGUACUCUACCACCUUUGUCGUCAUUGAGACAUUUAUCAUGCGUCUUGCUGACUGUACUAGAACCUACCGAGACGGAAUUUACGUUAUUUCAAGAGGGUCAAAGGAAUUCGGAAAAAUCUCAGCGUUCUCAAUUGGAUCUAUGCGUAGUGGUUUUUCGGACCCGGUCGCCAGCAGCACCAGAAGUUGGUCGGCUGGUAGAGCACAGCAAACGUCAAGUUCGUGGCUUUGUCGGUUGUCAUAAAAUGCUGGAAAGGGACCUGUACAUUGUGGUGUGCCUUGCUUUUAACCACUGGCACACAGGUAUGGAAGAUACAUCAAGUUAUCCGGAAUAUGUACUUGCAAUUCACAGUUCGAAGAGACUGUUGGUCGAACAAAUUUCACCACCAGCAUUCGUAUUGGCUGAUGCUAUUAUCAGCUUGACAUUAGCCAAAGGUCAACGGCAUGAGGGUAGAGAAGGCAUGACGGCCUAUUACUUGACGAAAGGUUGGGCAGGUUUAGUCGUAAUGGUUGAAAAUCGUCACGUAAACAAAUGGAUACACGUAAAAUGUGAUUGUCACGAAAGUUAUAAUGUUGUGUCUACCAGAGGGCAACUCAGAACAGCUGACAGCGUACCUCCGUUGCACAGGCAGGUCAUCAUUGUCUUAACACAACUAGAAGGCAGUGGCGGUUUUUCAAUAGCUCACCGACUUACGCAUAGAUUAGCCAAUAGUGGAAACUUACAUGACUGGGGUCCGCCAGAUACUCAACACUGUCCACCCAUAGACACUCAAGUCGAAGGUCUACAUAGUCCUCGUUUGAUAACGUGAACCUGUAAAACCACAAAAUGCAGUUUUAGCAUUUAACGUGAAAAUUGUGAUUGUGAAUCUUGAUGUGCGAACAAAUGUAUUUCUAGAGCCUAAGGAUCUUCCUGGGAAAAAAAUUAAACUUCCGAUUGAAACCAUUGCUUUAUAUCGGGAGUGUGCAGAUACACAAAUUGUUUAGACCAACUUUGAGUAUUUUCUUUCUCGCACAAACAAAAUUGUAAAUUUCAACAGAAUUUAAACAUUGUUGAGAUUCGUAUGCAGUAUAAACAACUAAUUUCCCAUAUACACGGUAUUCUCUGCUGUUCGAGUCUCCAUUGAAAUAAAACUUGUUGAAAAUUAUUACUUGAAAAGUUCAAACUGAAGACGUUAUAUUACAUACUGUUAUUCAGUAUUGGAAUAAAUCUGCUUACACAUAACGUUCUGCACUUUCCCUUGGCAGGGUAUAUUUUUUAAAAACUAGGAUGUGCUUUGAGAAGUUCUAUAUUUGCAUCAAAAGCAAGCAUACUUGAGUAUGAGAGAGACAUACUCGCUUGAUAGAUGGUUUCAACUAUAACUCAGUGAUUAAUUUUGAAAUAGUGAGUUGUAGUUCAAAAUUCACCUCACACAACCCUAUUCAGUAUGUGGCCAAAAUAAGUAUAAAAGGCUAACAGACUGCUGUCAUGUGCAGUUUCAGCUUGACUCGCACUCCGAAUGACUGUUAAGUAUAGGUAUAGUUAAAUGGGUGAUAUAACGCUAAUGCGCUUAUACUUCUUUGUUCAACAUAAAUUGUAUUCUAGUAUCGGACGUCAUCCGCUUACGUCAUGAUUGUGUAUACUGCUAAAAAAGUAUUCCAACUUGUAUCGAGUUAUUAUCGUUCCUGCAAAACGUUCUACUAUCUAUGCGUAUAUGUUCCCACUUCCGGAGCUCAGACCCAUCACAUCAAAAAAAUUGUUAUCUGUUAAUGCAUAGAUCAUGGCCAUGUGGUUCUCGACUCGCCAUAUAAAAUGACUUGAUACUGAUAGAAAUAUUUCGCAUAAGUUCAUAGACUUCUCUCUUACUGCAUGUAUAUAAUUAUUCAAAUAAUAUACAAUUCACAAACAUUUUCUUUCCAUAUGAAUGAUUUGGGAACAUCAGCGUUACGUCCCCCAUUUAAUUAGACAUGUAUAAAACAGUUGUUCGUGAGAUGGGAAUACAUCUAGGGCCUAAAAGCACCGUUGACAGCGCUCUAUGCCUUAUUGAACAUACUCAAUUGCUCUUCAUACCUUUCUGAGUUUGCGUGAACAUAUGUCCCUUUGGGUCUAACAGAAUCCAUUUUUCAAAAAAUACUUUUAUUAUAUUUGACAUUUUGAAAUGGUCGUUUUGCAACUACUUUUUGACACUUCAGCUGCAUAAUCGUUUGAAGACAGUAGGUUUAUGACUUAGAUGUGUUACAAUAUUACUUGCUGUACAAUUCCAAUGAAACACAUAUUAUGCAAUUUCUAAUUAUCAGACAUUUAUCUUCAGAGAAAGUUCAAUGAUUUCAUUCUGACUGGUUUCGAAUGCUGUAAAUUCGAACUGCAUAUACUUUGUUAUUUGAAUAUAUUCACGGAAAAAACCAAGGAAGUAGAGUAUAACUACUAUAUUAUAUCUUCCUUUAUUUACACGUACCAUACUUUUUGUCACAAAAUUGAACUUUAAGAGAUAUAAAGGAAAGGUACACAGUUGAUCAUGCACACUGUCAAUGAAGAUAUGUAUAGCUCUUUUGGUGGUGUAUUGGGAAAACAAUCCAUUUUAGUUUCAUGCAAUCACACUGACGUUAAUCAUAUUUUUAUGCGGAUAUCACAGGCUUUAGAUUUUUCGUAACAAUAUAAGUUACUUAAUAUUCCCCUCUUAUAUUUUAAACCUAUCUCAAAAAAGCAAGGUAUACUAUUUGCACGCUUCGCUUCAAAAAUCAACAAAUGGAAAUCGUAGGUAGUACAAAAUGCAGCUUACAAACAGUUAGAAAUCAUUUUUGUGGAUAUGUAGAAAAUAAUAAUGUUCUUUGAGAUGAAGCCUGUUCGAAAUUAAUAACUGAAGCUGAACCCACAAAUAACUCUGAUUAGUUGAUAUGAUUUUGAGAUAUGUAAGCUGUAUAUUGUACUUGUUUUCAAUACUUGUUCAAUCUCUGUUGAUUGUUCUCAAAUUUUCCGGGAUGAACGUAUAUAGUAUAUGCGUACACAAAUACACACACACACACACACACACACACACACACACACACACACACACACACGCACGCACGCACGCACGCACGCACGCACACUACCUUAUAGUAAAAAAAAAAAAAAAGAAAAAAGAAAGAAACAGGAACCGAAGGCUCUCAAUGUCCCAAUAUGCUCAGUGCAAGACAUGAUACAAUAACUAACAAUAUUAGUAUAUUACAAUUUAAAGAAGUAAAAUUUUUAAUAUAUUUUCCUCUUUGAAAGAGGUUGUUGUCCAGUUAUUGACGUUCCAUUUAUUAAAUUUUGAAAACGAAAACUUGAACAUUAUGUCUAAAUUAGAUACGUUUGGUAAAUAUGAGUGGGCCAUAGAUUGAAUAAAACUAGAAUUAAAAAAAAAAGAAACAAAAAAUAUUUAAGAAAUAACACCGAAUAAGGUAAAAUUUUUUUGCUUGCCAUAUGAAGAAUAAUUAUUUUCUCAAUGAUAAUGUUUAAAAUAAGACGUUACUCAGAGUAAAGACAUAACAUUAAAUGGUACUGUAUAUGACUCUGUAGGCAAGAGUAGUGGAGUGUGAUUAAUGAUUAUUGUGUAUAUCUUUUUCGGAAUUGCGUACAAUUAAGUACUUUUUUCCAUUGUUAAGAAUCUCCCGUAGUGUACGGUUUUUUAAAUUAAUUUGUAAGUUUAAAUUUUUACUUGUGUGAAUAUUUAAAUUCUUAAAUCACAGACCGCAAUCAGAUUGUAGUCGUAACGCAGGAUUUUAAACAAUGUUUGCAACCAGGGUUGAAACAUGAAACCUGAAAAUUCAGCUAAAUAUCCAACUAUAGAACUGUCUAAGAUUUUUCCAAACAUGAAGUUGACACCUUAUUCUAGUCGAUCUGAAAAAAAAUGAUCCUGUGAAAUUAGAUUGAACUAGAACUUAAUAAGUCUUCUCAGCUAUGAACCAAAAACUAUCAGACUAAGAUUUUGAAUAAUUGGGUCAUCUGCAAAACUAUUCCAUUUGCGUACUAAUCUUAAUUAAACCCUAUAACUAAUAUUUUUUGAAAGCAAUUUCAGAAUUCUUAAUGCGAUUCAAUAAAACUUCUAUGGCAAAAGCUUUUGACCCAAUUCCGUUAAAAUCAUGCCAGAGAAGAGGCUUAAAAAUAGAUGAUAAUUUACAUUGGAUCAGAAAAUUUCUCGGUACUGAAGUGUCUGCGGUAAUCUUAAUUUAUAAUUUUCAUUGGGGUUCGCGAUGAAUUUAACACCAAUGAAAAUCGAAUUAUAUUAAAAUAAAUACUAAAAAACAAAGACUAGGCUACCUUGUAACUGAAGUUAAUCUUUAUUUGAUUUCGAUUUUAUAAUAUUGCCAUGUUGUUAUAUGAUAACACUUGACAUUGAGCUUUGACAUUGAAAAUACUAGGUGCUAAUAUCUCAACACACAUGUGAGGUUAAUCCAACGACAUCAAAUAGAACUUUUCCUUGGCUUUAAAACGUUGAAAAUAUCGCAACCAACAUGCGCAAUUUUAAUAUUCAAUACACUGGUGCAAUAUUAUAAUUAUAAUUUAUGUAUCAAUCAUACAAUUAUCAGACUCUCUAAAAAUCUAGCACACCAGGAAAAGUUCAGACUUUCUAAAACACCUCGUAACAACCCUGACUGUCAAGUGCAUUAUGUAAUUACCUACUCAUCACUGAGACUUGAUUUGUUCUAUUUCAUAAGGGUAGCAUGUAUAUUAUUUGCUAAGAAAAAUCAUAAAUACUGAUCAGCUAUUCUCGGUUCUUUUCACUAUAAAAAAUUAUUCACUUUCAAUGAGAUAUGAGAAUUUUAACUUGGGCCAAAUGAUAAGAACUACUAAAUAAUUUUCAGACCACUUACUCGCCCUAAUUACAAAUUUUAAUCUGUGAUUUAAUUAUCAGGUAUAACGCUGGCACAAUACUCAAUUCAUGUGUUCUUCACAAGAUGAUAUUAUCAAUGUCAGUGAAAAUAACCAUUCCCAGUUCAAAAGCUUCCCCCAGUUUAUUCUUGCGGUAAGCAAUGUGUGAAUACAUCUUUCCAGUAGAUAAAUACUGUGCGUUACUCAUUUCAACUCAAAAUACAAUAACGUAAAGUCAUUACUAACAUGCUGCAAAUACGAAUUAGAAAAUAUUCUACACAGCCCAUUUCUUAAUAUGAAGCGACAGAUAAUUUAAAUGUCACACGUGAUUAUUACACAUUUGAAAAACUCUUUCUUUCCUUCAUCUACAUACCCAAAUAUUUUACAUGCACCAUGGUGCAUCUACAGUAGUUCGUGUAGUUUUAAAUAGUUAGAUUUUGAAUUUACCUGUGCUUCACCCAAAAGAAUAUCAUGUAUCAAUAAAUGAAUUGUGCACAACUCAAUGGAAUAGUAACAAUGGCUUUGUUUUAACAUAGUUACGAGAAUUAUACUACGUUAUACAUGGUAUACUUAACUGUUACUAGGUAUAAAAAACUCGGUGAAAAAAAUGUGCUUUGAGGUAAUAUUGUUUUCACCUCUGGAUGCAAAUACACUACGUUUAUACUGAGUAGGCAAGCUUUGUUUCCAAAGCAAAAACAAUUCUCAGUACCCCGUACACUUUUAUAGUCCUAAGGUUUUGACCAAAAGGAAGUGAUGAUCUCUUUACUGACUGAAACUGCUUUAGAGCAGCUAAGUUUUCAAUCAUUAAACUGCUACAUUUUUUUUCUGGAGUAAAAAACAGGAUAGAAGCAACUAUUUGACACAAGUAGACGGAUCAUUUUCUUCUUUCUUUUUAUAUGUGUAAUAAAAAAUAAGUGCAAAAAAUAUACUGUGCAUAAUUGUAGCAGUUACCUGUCGAUAAUCGUUCAUAUCGUGUUUUCUCUAAUACAAAGAUCAAUGCAGAGAUUGUUUUUUUGUUAUAAUUAGCUGGCAGGGACAUGAACUCUUGAAAUAGGAUAUCUCAUGAAAUCUCAAACAAUCGUUCGGAACAUUGAUAGUCACGUGUUAAUCUAUAAUGAAAUAGCUUUCAAGUAUAUAAUUUUCAGUUCACUUUUGGAUAUGCAGUCUUCAAUAGGUUUGAAAAGGAAAGUAUCAAACCAUUUAAUUAGACAAAAAAUCGCAACUAAUGAAAUGACCAUGGCAAAAUUUUUAUACAAAUGAACAGCGUGCACAUAACAACCUACCUUUGCACAACCAACUGUAGAUUAUUAAGAUUAACGCAAUUCCAUCAAUUUUCGUUAUAUCGAUUUUCAAUUUAGAUUUCCUGUGUCUCGAAUUACUCUUCCUCUUAGAGAUAACACGAUUGUUUAGAAAUGGCUCCGAAUAAAUUACAGUAAUAGUAGGAAUAGUUUACAACCCGAUACUUGAUGUGAAAAUCCUAAAUUUUUACUCUGCGCAGUUAUUCCAAACAAUAUGAAAAAAAACACAGAAAAAAUAAAUAAAUAAUGAUAAGUAAUAUUAUUAUAUAACUAAGCAAUUUAAAGUAUUGUAGAUUUUUACCAGCAAAUCUGUAGCUUGCAGUAGUUUCUGAAUUGAGUGGCCUUCAUUUUUGAAAAAAAAAAAAAAACAAAAAAAUAACAUUUAACAGUAAAAAAAAGUGUAUCAAAUAAACUGAGAAGUUAACUCUUAAGUGAAAACCAUGCAGAGUUCACAUAUUGUUAGAGUCAAGACAUUUUUAAUACUUUAAUGUGAGUUGUGUGAGAAAUUUAGGUGGUUCCGUUUUAUUUUGUUGUCUAAUGUUCUUUUUUUUUCUUAGUUAAUUAGCCAGCAGACUAUAAUUCACUUCAAAUAUUGCUAAACUGACCAUUGGUGCCAUAUUAAUCAAUAUUAACUAUACUCUAUAUCUGAUAAAUAUAUAGUUUCUAAUAAUUUUCCAUAGCAGUUGUAUUCUGUUGGGGUGCCAUAGUUAGUACACGUCAUAUUUUGUUCUUUCUCAAGUCUAACUUACAUGGAACGAAGUUGGCGAAACUUUCACAAUGUAAAACACGAAGUUAAAUGUUAAUUUACGAAAAUUUGAAUAAAUAGGUGGUUGGCAGGAAGCUAGAAUCAGAACCACGGGUGAGUGUAAAUAUCUAUCUCGUAUAUUUACUUUAUAACUGCUGUUAUUGCACCAUUUUUUAGCACUCCUGUAAUUUCUAUGUUUGAAAUGAGUGAAACGUGAUAGAUGAAAAAAUCGACCAAGGAAUGAAAUACACUUGCUAUAAUACCCAAAAAAUUAUAUAUGUACAAAAUUCAAUUUUGAUACAGUGAAUCUGCCAACUGCCAAGAUAUUAAGCAUGCAUCGAGUUAUUUGACCCUGAUUGCAUGAAUUUCAAUUAUAUUUUAGACGAAAUAAAUUUGUAAAUACGAAAGAAUCUCAUGUAUUUAAAAAGGAACAUUUUAUUUUCCAGCAAAGUGCUUACUACGUUAAGUUAAGUUUUCUUUGCACGAGCUUAAUUGUCGCUGUUCCAGCGUUAAACUAUACAGUGACAAAGUGAAUAAUUAUUUAAUAAAAUUAAUAUAUAUAUAUGUAUAUAUGUGUAUAUAUUAAUAUAUAUAUAUAUAUACACAUACAUACUAUAUUUAUUAAAUAAAUGCGUGAUGGUAGCCUGAACUCAAAAUUCUGAAUUGGAAUCAAAUCGAAGUUUUGAAACUGUUUCAAUUUUACCACAAGUUUCUAAAUACGCAGGGUAGAAUUGUUUUUGUUAGUUCAAAGAUAGUGUGAUCGACUUAAAGUAAUAUUGAAACAAAGCUGAAAACGGCAUCAGAAUUUUGUAGCCUCAGGUUCCAUUGCAAUAUACUUAGGUAUGUAUUCUUAAUAUGUGAAAAAGUGUCUCACUGUAUUUGUAUCAUAGAUCACAAUGUUAGGGUUGUCAUUUCAUGGUCACCGCGCAAAUUAUAAUAUCCAUAUAAAACUCUAUAAGAUGGUAUCUCACCAUACGAUUUUAGUAUAUAAUUUUUUAUUUCUUUUAGUUAACCAAAGAUGUUAUACAUUACUCUCUGUAAUUGAUCAUGAAUCAUUGUACUGUACUGAUAUAUUGUGUGCAAUCAUAAUUUGUGAAACAUUAUAAUUUUUACUUCGCUGGAUGAAAUCAAUAAAAAAUCCGCAUUAGAUACUCAAUUUCUAAGAUAUUCCUGUUCCAAUAUCGAGUUUGGAUUAUGCGUCAAGAUAAAUUAUUGAAGUAAUAAAACUACAAUAAUUCCAUCUCUCAUGUGAUAUAAAAUAAAACAAAUAAUUGCAAAACGGGAAAACGUACUUUCGGAUCAAAAGGUACCAGUGUGUCUGUCGAUGAUACCAAUUAUAACGAUAAUUAGAGUAUGCACUGGGACCUAUUUCUACUCAGAAGUUAUCUGCAUAGUCUGUAUACCAAUUUGUUGAGAGUAUUUACUAUCCCUUCAGCUUUGAGUAACAUGUAGAAUUAUUAAUUGUUGCAUAAACGCGUUGCAUAUUGUAUAUCAAGUAUUUACUGCCGUAUUAUUGAAUAAUAUCAAAAUUGUGUAUUGCAUUCAUUUGUAACAUGUAGACACGAUCAAUAACAAAUUCAAAUGAUAA